UUCCCAUGUUGCUUUGCGAAUCCCAGUCGAGCGUUUGUUCGAUUUGUUGGUCUAAACAUUUGUCUCUGUCUGGGCUGGAGAAUAAAUAAAAUUUAUUUAUUUUACAAAAUAUCUAGCCAAACAAACCGUCUCAAACUUGGUGCAUAACUGAGAGUCUUUGACGCUGCACGACAUGGACCAGGACUAUGAGUGUCGGCUGCUCAGGCAGAUCAACAUCCAGAACGAGAACGCCAGCCCUUUAAAGGCCAUAGAUACAGUACGAGCCCUGACACCCACCAACUCCCCCCUAUCGUCACCAAGCAAACAUGGCGACCGCUUCAUCCCCUCCCGCGCCGGCGCCAACUGGAGCGUCAACUUCCACCGCAUCAAUGAGAAUGAGAAGUCUCACAAUCAGAACAGGAAGACAAAGGAUGGCACUACAGACACUAGCAAAGCGGACGGCCUGGCGUACUCUGCCCUAUUGAAGAACGAGCUGCUGGGGGCAGGCAUAGAGAAGGUCCAGGAUCCCCAGUCAGAGGACCGUCGCCUCCAGCCCUCCACCCCCGCCAAGAGGAGCCUCUUCAGUUAUUCUGUCAGUGCCAAGCGAUCUCUACCCGAGGAUGGCAACACAGUGUCUCCAUACUCCUUGUCUCCAGUUAGCAGCAACAGUCAGAAGCUGUUACGGUCGCCUAGGAAACCCACGCGUAAGAUCUCUAAGAUCCCCUUUAAGGUGCUUGAUGCUCCAGAGCUGCAGGAUGACUUCUAUCUCAACCUGGUGGACUGGUCCUCCCUCAACGUCCUCAGUGUCGGUCUGGGAACCUGCGUCUACCUCUGGAGCGCCUGCACUAGCCAGGUGACGCGUCUGUGUGACUUGUCAGUGGAAGGGGACUCUGUCACGUCAGUGGGCUGGUCAGAGAGGGGGAACUUAGUAGCGGUGGGGACACAUAAGGGCUAUGUACAGAUCUGGGACGCAGCAGCAGGGAAGAAACUGUCAGUACUGGAGGGACACACAGCCAGAGUGGGUGCGUUGGCGUGGAAUGCCGACCAGUUGUCAUCUGGCAGUCGUGACAGGGUUAUCCUGCAGAGGGACAUCCGAGCCCCACCCCUCCAGUCAGAACGUCGUCUCCAGGGACACCGACAGGAAGUUUGCGGCCUCAAGUGGAGCACCGACCACCAGCUACUGGCCUCAGGGGGAAAUGACAACAAGCUGCUGGUAUGGAACCACUCCAGCGUUCUCCCGGUGCAGCAGUACACGGAGCACCUGGCAGCAGUGAAGGCCAUCGCCUGGUCCCCCCAUCAGCAUGGCCUGCUGGCGUCUGGAGGGGGCACGGCCGACCGCUGCAUCCGCUUCUGGAACACCCUGACAGGCCAGCCCCUGCAGUGCACCGACACGGGCUCCCAGGUCUGCAACCUGGCCUGGUCCAAGCACACCAACGAACUGGUAAGCACUCACGGCUACUCCCAGAACCAGAUCUUAGUGUGGAAGUACCCCUCCCUCACACAGGUGGCCAAACUCACAGGCCACUCCUACAGAGUGCUUUACCUGGCCAUGUCCCCAGACGGAGAGGCCAUCGUCACAGGAGCCGGAGACGAGACGCUGCGCUUCUGGAACGUCUUCAGCAAGAUGAGGUCCACCAAGGAGUCUGUAUCUGUUCUGAACCUGUUCACCAGGAUCCGGUAGCCAGAGGGGCGCAGCUGUCCGGCAGGGGGAAAAAGCGGGGUGGGGGAACAAGCGGGGUGGGGGAACAAGCCCAUAGGGAAUAAUGUACUGCACACAACAAGUCCGACCCCUUUUCUCUUCCUAGGCCUCUGGUAGGCUAGGGUCCUUUCACAUACCCAAGGCCGGGUCGUCAAGCCGAUAGAGGAGUCUUCUUCCACUGCCUCACCGCCCAUCAUAACCAGUGUGACAUCACAAGGUCACACCCCCAUACCCAUAUUGGUGCUUUCCCCGGAAGAGGAAGAAGAGGACUCUGGAACUUUCCCCCAAGUGAUUCUGUUUUUUGACAGACACUGUGUGCAUAACUGCCAAAUACGAAGUUUGUCCUUUUAUUGAAUGUUUAUUUAUUGUUUUUCUUUUCUUUUUAACAUCGUUAUCACGUGUCGUCGCCAGUCUGCUUCUGCAGCCUAUGUUUGGUUUUUGUUUUCUGUGUGUUAAUUUUUUCUGUGUCAGACUUUAUGAAGAGCCUGAUGCUUUUGUGUUUGUGCCUGCCUUAAAGGGAUAGUUCACGUCUAAAAUCAAACUCAUGUUUUCACCAUUGAAGGUAUGGAAAUGUAUGACAUGCUUUGACUUCAGGGUGAGCUGUCCUGUACCUGCUUGUAAACUAGUGAUGGUUAACCCUAGGGCUUGAGAGGUGGGAGCUCACAGGUUUUUUGCAUGUUGUAGACCAUUGUAAUUUAUUCACCCUGUAAAAACACCUUUUUAAGUUCAUUUGAAGUGUGAUGAUGCGUGAUAAUAAUAAUGGUGGAAAUCUUAUGUUUUUUUUAAUUAGAAAAAAAUCUGCAAUUGUAAUUUGAGCAGUGGCCGCAAACAAACUACAUAUACUCACUUACAGUUAUUACCUGUAAAUACUCACUUACAGUUAUUACCUGUAAAUACUCACUUACAGUUAUUAUCUGUAAAUUGUAUUGUUUUGGCAGUUGUCUUUUCAUUUUUAACCAGUUUCUAUCUUAACCUACAUUUACCUAGACACAUUUCACAUUAUUGCUGUCUUGAGUUACAAUUUCACUCAGUCUUAUAAUGGGCUAGUAGCAUUCAAAACAGAUGUAAAUAACGAGGCAUAACCUUUGCAUUGAGACUUAUACAAGAAAGAAAAAACUGAUGUCAAAAGUACCAUUUUUAAUCUUAAUCAGGGUAACUUUUUUUCCUGGGUGUAGCAGGAACUGAAAGUCACUGUAAAGAAAAAAGGAAAGCUGUUGAUGGCCUCUUAAAGGCAUUACUAGUGCAUUGUGCUGUGUGUGUCUGUGGUAAAAAAAAAAUGGGGAAAAUAUAUAUAUUUAGUCCAUGGCACUUAUCUUUUUCCUCAGCUUAUGUUUUGCUCUUGACUCUAAGCAGAUGUGAAAAUAUCUCAUUUUGUCUUAAUUCAUUUAAAAGAAAUGUUUAGGCUGAUUUUUCUAGUGAUUAUUUUUCAUUUUCUCAGUUUGGAUGUGGUGUUGGUGUGACCUGGUGUGCCAUCUUUGAAUGAGUGGUAUUUAUUUGAGCUGUGUAAAAGUGUCCAGUAGUACACCCAUAGCUUGUUCUGAGAGUUGAAUAUUAUCUGAGAAAGGUGGAACGCUGAUCUGUUCGGUGUAUAUACUAGCUCCAGUCCUAAAUAAGCAUUUGUACUCCUUUUAUGCCACUUAGAAACAAAUAAAAACAAAGAAUGCUGCCAACUUGAAA